AUUGAAAAAAAAGACCUACUUUCUGGCUUUUGGUACAUUCAGACCUUGGAAUUAAAUAAUUUAAAAUUUAGCAAGUUUCUUUCUCAAUAUUUUCUUCUGACUGGGUUAAAAUGAAAUCGCUAAUUGCUACUUUAAUUAUAGCAUAUAUAGGCUAUUAUGUAUUGGUAGAUUAUAAGGAGAGAAUACAAACUAUAGACUCUAGUGAUGAUGAAUAUGACUAUAUUGUUGUUGGAGCUGGAUCGACUGGUAGUGUUUUGGCUAAUCGGUUGAGCGAGAACAAGAAUAUAAAAGUUUUACUUUUAGAAGCCGGUCAGGAUAUAUCAAACGAGGAUUUACCUAAAACCCCUAUAUCUUUUCCUCGCUUGCAGGGAGAAUCUUAUGACUGGAAUUUUACAAUAGCUCCUCAACAGUAUUCCGGUUCUCCUCAUAUAGGCAAACAAACAUUCCACCCGAGAGGAAAAUGCUUAGGUGGAUCUUCAAGAUUAAAUGCUAUGCUUUACGUUAGAGGAAAUCGACUUGAUUACGACUCAUGGGCAGAGAAUGGUGCCAAAGGUUGGAGCUACGAAGAAGUUUUACCUCUUUUUAAAAAAUCUGAGAGUAACACAAAACCUAAUAUUUCAUUAAAAUAUCGCGGUCGGGAAGGACCACUUCACGUUGGUGAUUUUCCCAGAGGAGAGGGUUGUAAACAUUUUAUAGACGCUGCAGUUGAAUCAGGAUUUGUAGAGAGGGAUUUUAAUGCAGAAUACCAGGAAAAUAGUGUCUGGGCCUUAGAGGGAACAAUUAAAAAUGGGAUAAGGCAUUCAACGGACGAAGCAUUUCUGAGACAGGCAUCUGCUAGACCUAAUUUACAUAUAUUACCUGGAGCACAUGUUACAAAGAUUCUUAUAAAUGAUAAAAAAGUUGCAAAAGGUGUUGAAUACGUGAAAAAUGGCAAAAUAGUAAAGACAAUGGCUCGAAAGGAAAUUAUAUUGAGUGCAGGAGCUUAUGGAUCAGCAACCAUUUUAAUGCUUUCUGGAGUGGGACCAGAAGCGCAUCUAAAAGAUUUAGGAAUACCAGUUAUUAAAAAUCUUCCUGUUGGAGAAAAUCUCCAGGAUCACGUUCACUUUCCAAUUGUAGUUGGAGUCGACGAACCCAUAAGCAACGAAUUGAAAGAAGCUGAAGGAAUCUUUUCCACCUUAAAUUAUAAGCUCUUUGGAAAAGGCUAUUUAGGUAGUCCUGGUCUUGAAGCAGCUGUUUUCACAGAUUUACCAGCUGCUAAACAACCGCCGCUAAUUCAAUUGCAUUACUUUGGUACACAUUUUGGUGCAAAUGAAGAAAUAAUGAAGCUAUGGUUUCGAAACAUAAAUCACGGAAAAGAUUUCCAGAAACAAUAUGCAAAGAAUUUAUUAAAUAAAAAUGCAGUUUCAAUAUUUCCAUGUCUUUUACAUCCUAAAAGUAAAGGAACGAUUAAACUCGCGUCUGCAAACCCUUUCGAUUAUCCAAUAAUCAACCCAAGAAGUUUGAUGGAAGACGAAGACGUUGAAGUAUUGUUAAGCAGCGUUCGAUUAGUUCAAAAGUUGGUCGGAACGAAAUCUUUUAAAAAAAUUGGAGGUAAAAUUAUAAAUACGCCAACAUUCGGCUGUGAGCAUUUGAAAUACGAUUCGGAUGAUUAUUGGAGAUGUCAUAUUCGAAAUGAGCUUUCUACUGUAUAUCACCCAGUUGGAACUUGCAAAAUGGGAUCUAUAAAUGAUCCCACUGUGGUUGUUGACCCAGAGUUAAAGGUCAAAGGUAUAACUGGCCUAAGAGUUGCAGAUGCUUCAAUUAUGCCUACAUUACCGUCUGGUAAUACUAACGCUCCCUGUAUUAUGGUAGGAGAAAAAGCGGCUCAGUUAAUAUUGAAAUAA